CACCGUUUUCGUAUUUCGUUUAAUCUUUCGACACUGACCGUAUCGGUCCGAGACAAGGAGGAUCAAGUGCCAUAAGCCUUCCGCGCUUUGCUUCAGUUCAGCCAUCAGCAUUGUGUAGGCACACACGUCGUGCUCAAGUCAUCUUCAGUUUUUUCGAGUGCUAACAUCGGAAAAGUAGUUUGAGAUCUUAAAUAUUGUCCUUGCACUUGCACCGUUUGGCACAAAACACAGAAAAAAUCUAAGAAUUUUUAAUUUCGUACACUGCUCAAAAAAAUGAUAUAGGAGAUCAGGUUUUGCUCGUUUUUAAACUGUAAUUACUCAGCGAAUAAUUAACGUAAAAAAAAAUUGAAAACAGAUUUUACAGGGCAAACUCUCUACUAUAAGGUGCUUUUUUGUUCAAUUUUUAUCCAGUUUAAUACUCAAAGACGUGAUCAGCUUUGAAUAAGGACGUAUUUGAGAUAUCCAAAGUCUUGAAAUUUGCAGUCUUCCGCUGCCUAACAAAAAAAUUGGCGAACAUAAUUAUUGAUAUUAUCUCAAAGUACGGAUUCUUUCAAAUAAAGAAAAAAAACUUGUCCUACGCCGAUUAUUUAGCCAGAUAUCAUUUAAAGUACUUCUGUUUUUUUUAUGAUUUCAGUACUAUACCGCCGACAUUUGCGUAACUCGAUGUGCACGGGAGCUUGCUUAUAGUAGAGAGUUUGCCCUGUAAAACUCUUUUCAAAAAUUUUUUUACGCUAAUUAUUUGCUGAGUAAUUACAGUUUAAAAAUGGGCAAAAAUUUACUGAGAAAAAAUAGUCCUCUAAUUUUUUUGAGCAGUUAUAUACAAAUACGCGCUGCUACUUCCGGUUGAACAAGGCACUUCCGGACCUCGAAUCUUAACAAACUAUCUUUUUUUACUUUCAAGGAUCUUAAAGAUUACCCUCGCACUUGUAUCUCUUGACACAAAACGCAGGAAGGACCACUAACGGGAUCUUAAAUAUUGCCCUUACACUUGUAUCUUUUGGAACAAAACGCAUGUUAAUUUUCGCUCCAAGAACGCGCCAAACUUCAACUAUAUACGUGGCUACAAAAAUAUGCAAUAAAAAAUAAGGGGUCUAAAUUAAAAAAUUUGAAGCGACCCUGACUUGACCUUAACGACUCCACAAAAAGUCUAACACCAGCCAGGUAUAUAUGACGAGCAUCUAGGCAUACUUUCUAUCAUUGCACAUUAUUCCAUAUAAUUCAAAAGCAAAUUAUUAUUUAAAUAUGACGAACAAGAUUCGGAGUGUCCUUUACGUUCUCAGUAUCAGUACCAUAAUCAACUCGUUACAUGGGCACCCAUACUACAGUAGUCUUCAUGGCAAUAGUAAUAACGGAUGGACGUUGCUAAAAUUACUAAGCUCAACUACUGAUUUCUUGAAGCAGAAUCGACAAUAUGUAGAACAAGAAUUACCGGAUAUGACACCCCAGUUUGGGGACAGAUACGAUUUUAUAGUGAUCGGCGCUGGUACAGCUGGAGCAACCAUAGCCGCAAGACUAAGCGAAGUGCCACAAAUUAAAGUACUGCUGAUCGAAGCUGGUUCCCGUGAAAACCUCUUUAUGGAUAUCCCAGUAUUCGCUAUCGUCCUCCAGACAAACAAUAAAAUAAAUUCGAACUAUCGGACCAAAUCAUCCAACAAGUACUGUCGGGGCAUGAAAAAUAAUAGUUGCCAUUGGUCGAGUGGAAAAGUAGUCGGUGGCAGUAGCGUGCUAAAUUUUAUGAUAGCAAGUAGAGGCGGCGCCGAAGAUUACGAUCGCUGGGCCGAGAUGGGAAACGAAGGCUGGGCAUAUCAGGACGUUCUCCAGUACUUCAAAAAACUGGAAACAAUGGAUAUUCCAGAGCUGAAAUCGGAUAUUGACUAUCAUGGUACCAAUGGACCAGUACAUAUCGCAUACCCGUCAUUUCAUACCCCGUUGGCAGAGGCAUUUCUAGAAGCUGGCAAGGAGCUAGGAUAUCCACUAGUAGAUUACAACGGAAAAAACAAAAUAGGAUUCUCAUAUCUGCAAAGCACAAUCAUGAAUGGCACUCGCAUAAGUAGCAAUAGGGCAUACUUGCAUCCCGUGCACGGUCGCACCAAUCUUCACUUGACUCGUGAGAGUACGGUGACAAAAGUGCUAAUCGAUCGUAUUACAAAUCGAGCAAUCGGCGUAGAAUUCGUCAAGCAUAACCAAAGAAUACGUGUGUUCGCGAACAAAGAAGUGAUUCUAUGUGCAGGUGCCAUUGGAUCACCGCAAUUAUUAAUGCUCUCCGGCAUCGGACCAGCGAAACAUCUUUCCGAACUAGGCAUAAACGUAAUUCAAGAUGCGCCAGUCGGCGAUAACCUCAUGGACCAUCCAGUCUUCUUUGGAUUGUCAUUUACAACAAACGCAGUGGUCAGUUUACAGUUCUUCGAUCUGAUAAAUCCUAUUAAUCCGCAUAUAUUGGACUUUAUAAUAAAUCGAACUGGAUUAUUUACGAUUCCGGGCGGGUGCGAGGCCCUCGGUUUCGUCAACACAAAACACCCAGAAAAAAAUAAUAAUUUACCAGACAUCGAAUUAUUAUUUACUGGUGGUACAACUAAAGAUAUUAUUUUCCCAAGGAUAUUGGAAUUUAAUGAUCCUAUAACUCAGGAAUGGGAUAAGUACAGUGGCAGCAAUGGCUGGACCGUUUUACCAAUACUGUUGAAACCUAAAAGUCGCGGUAGAAUAACAUUGUUAGCUAACGACGUUAAUGUUAAACCAGAGAUUGUGCCAAAUUAUUUCGAUGAUCCAGACGACGUCAGGACAAUGAUUGCUGGGAUUAGAACUGCAUUAAGUAUUGGUCGGACAAAGGCGAUGCAGGCGCUCGAUUCUCAGUUUUUAAACAUUACUUAUACUGAAUGCAACAAUUACGAAUAUGACUCCGACGUUUAUUGGGAAUGCGCAAUAAGGAUUCUCUCAACGACACUUUAUCACUACUGCGGCAGUUGUAAAAUGGGACCUAGGGGAGAUCCAACUGCUGUCGUCGAUCCCAAAUUAAAGGUUAUUGGCAUUGAAGGAUUACGAGUAGCAGAUGCGUCCAUUAUGCCCGAAAUUAUAUCGGCGCACAUAAACAUUCCUGUUUAUAUGAUCGCCGAAAAAACGGCAGAUAUGAUAAAAAAAGAUUGGGGUUACUUGGAAAAGUCAUAAUUAUAAUAAACUUUUAUGAAGUAAUUUUAUUAUUUUUUACUCACAUGCAUAUUUACUUUGUA